GGCGGCGGUGGGUGCGCUCGGCUCCGCGCCCCGCGCCCGCCAUGGCAGCCCGUCGUCCCCGGGCCCUGCUCGCCCUCGGCCUGGCCCUGGUCGCCACCGCUACCGCCGCCACCGACCCCUUCUCGCCCCAGCUGGGAGACACCGCCGGGUGCCGCGGGCAGUGCGGCCGCAGCCUGACGCGCAGAGUCGCCGCCGAUGCUGUUCUCAACGCCUGUUACCGGGGCUGCCGGCUGUUCUCCAUCUGUCACUUCGUGGAUGCGAGUGCUGAGCUGAACACAACCAGAGCCGAGUGUGAAGCAGCGUGUGCCGAAGCCUACAGCAACGCAGAGGAGCAGUUUGGCUGCGUGACAGGGUGCCGCAAGCAGCUGCCCGAGGUGGAGAGCAGGAAGGAGAAGAGCCUGGAGCUGAAGGUGCCAUCCUUCUCCGUGUUUGACUUGGUCUCCACCUUCUGCAACGACAUCGUCAGCUCUGCCCAGAGCUUCAUCUCCUCCACCUGGACCUUCUACCUGCAGGCAGAUGAUGGCAAAGUCGUGGUGUUUCAGUCCCAGCCCGAGAUGGAGUUUCCAGUCCCCGAGGUGCCAGAGACGCAGCCGGUGCGGCCAGGACCAGGGUCCAGCCCCCGCAUCCCCCUGCCCCACACAGGCCCCUGGGUGAAGGGGGAGAAGCCCCCAGGGAAGGAGCCACGGGCCAAAGCCAAAGCGCAGCACCCAGACCCGCCGCAGCCGGAGCACGACUUCCUGGGCUGCAUGUCCAAGCGCUCGGGCCUUCCUCGCUGGAUCCUGGCCGCCUGCCUCUUCCUCUCCAUCAUGGUGAUGCUGUGGCUGAGCUGUGCCAGUUUGGUGACUGCUCCUGAGCAGCACGUCAAGACCCAGCCUCUGAGCAUCAACGGGGACAAGGAGUUCCUGGAGGACCUGGACAGCCCCGGCACCUUCCCCCUGCCACCCGUCAUCGCCGUCACCCUGUGCCCCACACACAGCGGGGACGACGCGGGGCCGCUGCCCCUCAAAGUCGACCUGGACAAGACCAUCCUGUAGCAUUCCCACUGCUUCCCAUCACCUCCCUGUCACCAUCCACAUGGCAUCAUCCCCCGUCCCCUGCGGCUGCCCCGUGGCCUCGGCUCCUGAAGGGACACCUCUGGCUCUGGCACAGGGGACACCGAGGGUACAAUCUGCUCUCAGUCGCUGUGGAGGAGGCUCCGGGAGCUGGGCAGUGGCUUUGCCUCCUCCAUUGAUGAGCUGUUUGCUGGGAUCCUGGUCUCCAGUGCUCAAGAGCCAAGAGAGGAGCUGCCAGAGCGAGGAGGCCGGGGGGAGCCCGUCCCCAUGGCGGGGUGGUCUGUCUCCUCCCGACCGGAGCCCCCGGGGCCCCGCAGCCCUCCGGGCACGGCUCCAGCGCUGGGCAGGAGGGAGCCGGCUGUGGUGGGGGAUGGAGAGUGUCUGCAGAGUUCUGGGCUUUGGCUCGGCACAUCCCUGGCCUCCCACCUUGGGCUGAGCCUCCAAGGCGCCGGCCCCGGCCCUGGGAACUCUCCCUUCCGCCGGCCGGAGCCGAUUGCCUCGGGGAGCCGGAACGUGGCGAAUGGAUUUGGCGUUGGCAGCCGGAGAGAGCAGCGCAUGUCCCUGUGCCCACGCAGGGACCCAGCCAGCCCCUUCCCGGAGCUCUGGAGGGGCCCUGGGGUGGCUCCUUCCCCUCCCUGCUCCGUGAUGCUUUGGGGGUGGCUGGCCCCGAUGCCGAUGGGUCGCUGGUGGGACCAAGCAGGGGAUGAGGCAGCGAUUCCCUGCCUGGUGCCCCUGGCUUGUGUCUGAGCUCGGGCAGGAGGUGGGAGCUGCCAGGACGCCUGGUCCUGGGCUCAGCAUCGCUGCCCGAUGCUGGGAGCAGCUCAGCCUGCGGGGCUGUGGCUGAUGGCAGGACCUAAUGGCCACGAGCCUCCGGGCUCACAGUAGUGCCCUGGAAGUGGAGGGACAGCCCUGGGAUCUCCUGGCUAAUCAGGGACCCCCUUGGCUUUUCCCAGCACAGCCCCUCGGCAUAGAGGGGUCCUGUCCCUCAGCCUCUCUGCAGGUCUCUGCUCCCGCAGCCAGGUUUGGUGUGAGCCGAGGCAUCUCCCCAUCUCCUCACCCCCCUAUCUCCUUAUCUCCCCAUCCCCCCAUCCUCCCAUGUCCCCAUCUCAUCCUCCCAUGUCCCCAUCUCAUCCUCCCAUCUCCUCAUCUCCCAUCUUCCCAUCCCCCAUCCCCCCAUCUCCCCAUCUCAUCUCUCCAUCUCCCAUCUCCCCAUCUUGUCUCCCCAUCUCCCAUCUCCCCAUCCCCCAUCUCCCCAUCCCCCCAUCUCAUCUCUCCAUCUCCCAUCUCCCCAUCUUGUCUCCCCAUCUCCCAUCUCCCCAUCCCCCAUCUCCCCAUCCCCCCAUCUCCUGCCCUUCUCCAUCACUUGACUCCGUGUGUUGUUCGUGGUUUGGUUUGCACCAGCAUGUGGUUCAUCAUCCCCCGGCGCCCCGUGGGGACAGCCCUGCGCUGCCACAGCGCUCUCUGCCAUCCCCUCCUCCACCUAACACAUCUGUACAGAUUAACUUAUUACCUGUGACUCCCACCCUUGGGUUUUGGGCUUUCUCCAUGUGCCAGCUGCUCUCCAGUACU